UAGGUAUUAUUAUAGGUUACUGUAUUUAGCCGAAGCGCGUCUCUGCUGUAACUCUGAGCCGCGAGCCGGUCAGGAUGUUUCCCCGGUGUGGAGUAGGGCUGUAUUUUGUGAGCGGACCCUGAAAGCGUUUCAAAAUCAGAAGAGAAACAGCUUCACUUCAGCAGCUCGAGGGAAACUGGUAACUUAGUUUAUCAGGAGAAGGGAGGUGAUCAGAGCUCCAGCGCCGCGCUGUGUGUGUGUCGGGAUGGGGGAGAAGCCUCUGAGAGUGCUUGCCUGUGGAGACGUCGAAGGCAAAAUCACUGCUUUGUUUAACCGAGUAAACACAAUCCAAAAAAAGAGCGGGCAGUUUGAUUUAUUAUUAUGCGUUGGUGAAUUCUUUGGUACCUCUCCAGAGGCUGAAACAGAAUGGGAGGCGUACAAGUCUGGAGCUAAAAAAGCUCCCAUCCACACAUACGUUCUGGGGGCUGCAAGUCAGGAGACUGUGAAGUAUUUCUCCAGCUCUGAUGGUUGUGAAUUGGCUGAAAAUAUCAUCUACUUGGGGCGCAGAGGAAUUUUCACAGGAGCUUCAGGUCUUCAGAUUGCAUAUGUGAGUGGCAGAGAGGCUCAACAUGAGCCUGCACCUGCUCACUGCUUUACUGCAAAGGAUCUCAUAGCUCUGGUCACUCCCCUGGUGUCCAACUCGAAGUUUAAAGGAGUUGACAUUCUCCUGACCUCUCAGUGGCCUAGAGGAGUGUGGCAGUUUGGCAACAAUCCUGAAAUUGACACAAAGUUCUGUGGAGUUUCCUCCAUUGCAAAUCUUGCAGAAAAGCUGAAACCUCGCUACCACUUUGCUGCACUGGAAGGUGUUCACUAUGAACGACUGCCAUACAGAAACCAUUUGGUUCUUCAAGAAAAUGCACAGCAUGUCAGUCGAUUCAUUGCACUGGCGACAGUUAACAAUUCUGCUAAGAAAAAGUACUUGUAUGCUUUUAACAUUGUCCCGAUGAAAAAUAUGGAUGCUGCAGAAUUAGUCAAACAGCCUCAGGAUGUGACAGAGACCCCUUACAGGAAAUCUCUAAAAGAAGGCAAGAUGGAAAAGCCUCCUCCAUCUGUACUCGAUGAGGAGGAGCCUGCUUCUCAGUUCUUCUUUGAUCUGGGCCAGAAGAAGCAGCAGCACCACCGGCACCAGCACAACCAGGGUGGAGGCCGGAAGCGGCAUUCAGAGGACGACAGAUCUGGUCAACCUAGGCAGCACCGCAAACCCCCUCAGCCUACUGGACCCUGUUGGUUCUGUUUAGCCAGCCCUGAGGUGGAGAAGCACUUGGUCAUCAGUAUUGGGACACAUUGUUACAUGGCAAUGGCUAAGGGCUUCCUCACCCCUGACCAUGUGCUGCUGUUGCCCAUCGGACACUACCAGUCUGUGGUGGAUAUGCCAUCAGAUGCUGUAGAUGAACUGGAGAAAUACAAGAGUGCUGUCAGGAAAUUCCAUAAGAGCCGUGGUCAGCGCUGCGUUCUGUUCGAGAGGAACUACCGCAGCCAACAUCUUCAGUUACAGGUGGUGCCUGUGCCGAUGGAGAAGUGCAGUACGGAGGACAUUAAGGAAGCCUUCGUGGUGCAGGCUCAGGAGCAGCAGAUGGAACUGAUGGAAAUUCCAGAGCACACAGACCUCAAACAGAUUGCUCCACCAGGAACUCCUUACUUCUAUGUGGAACUGGACACAGGAGAGAAACUGUUUUACCGAAUCAAGAAGAACUUUCCAUUGCAGUUUGGCAGGGAAGUGUUGGCAAGCGAGGCAGUGAUGAACAUUCCGACGCGGUCAGACUGGAGAGAUUGUAAAAGCAGCAAGGAAGAGGAAGAGGCUCUGGCAAAAAAGGUCCGCUCUGGUUUUGAGGCUUUUGACUUCACCAUGGAUGACUGAGAAUCUUGCCAGUAACCAACACAUUUCUCAAUGCACACAAACACACUUGAAAAUGACCCAUUUGGUCUGAUUUUUUUUUCCAAACACAGAUGCAGAAUUUCAGUACAUAUUUUCAUUUUUUUAUGUUUUUAAACUGAUGUCAUCCCAGCAUUUUGCUCUUAAUAUUUGAACUGACCAGAGAUGGAUUCUGUUGAAAAUAUUACAGAAAGAAGUUUUUCUUGACUAUUGUUUUUAAAGGAAUUUGUGGAAGAACCUGUUCAUAGUCAUUGUAUAGUCAAGAAUAUCCUCUUUUUACCAAGUGUUUGUUUAUUAAAAUACUUUUUGAACAGUG